AUGAAUGGCACAAACAUCAAGAAGGCCGCGAUAAGUAAAGCCAAGGAGGUCGCGCAGGCCGCCAACGGCAAUGGCAACAAGAAGCGCAGAAAAGGCCAGGACCUGAAGCCGAUAAUCACCACAGAAAAGGCGCAAGGUAGCUUGGAUUCCAGUCCUGCGAGCGCGACUAACAGCGCCCACAUCAAUCCUACAAACACGGCCUCGCCUCUGUCACACCAUAAAGUCUACAACACCACACAAUUAGGCCGAUCGCCGUCUUCAUCCUCCUCGUCCGCCGAAGAUGCCGCUGAGAACACUGCAGACGAGGAGGACUCAGAGGACUACUGCAAAGGCGGCUACCACCCGGUACACGUAGGCGAGCAGUACAAGGAUGGCAAAUACACAAUUGUGCGGAAGCUAGGUUGGGGUCACUUCUCGACCGUGUGGUUGUCGAAGGAUAAUACGACGGGAAAGCAUGUAGCCCUCAAAGUAGUGCGAUCUGCAGCCCACUACACAGAGACCGCGCUUGACGAGAUCAAGCUGCUGAAGAAGGUGGUCGAAGCCAACAAAGAUCAUCCCGGCAGGGCGCACGUUGUCAGUCUACUGGAUUCAUUCAAUCAUAAAGGCCCGAACGGCGUCCACGUGUGUAUGGUGUUUGAGGUGCUCGGUGAGAAUUUACUAGGCUUGAUAAAGAAGUGGAACCACAGGGGUAUCCCAAUAGAAUUGGUCAAACAGAUCACCAAGCAGGUCCUGCUCGGUUUAGACUACUUGCACAGGGAGUGCGGCAUCAUCCAUACCGAUCUUAAGCCGGAAAACGUCCUAAUCGAAAUCGGAGAUGUCGAGCAGAUUGUCAAGACCUACGUCAACGACGAACCUAAGAAAAAGGAUGACAACCCCAACGGACGAAGGAGAAGACGGACUCUCAUUACUGGAAGUCAGCCUCUACCGAGCCCUCUCAACGCGAGCUUCAGCCAAUCCGACCUCUUUAACUUCUCUGGCAGCACGCAGAGUCUGAACAAAGUCGUGAACGAGAGCGCAGGCUCCUCAAAGCCUGCAUCCGCCGCCUCAUCUGGAUUAUCGUUAAGAGAGCAGCUGGGUAUCAAAUCCACCGGGAGCGAAGCCGAUGUCCAGAAAGAGCGGGAAAAGACUGCGGAUCUGCUCACGAAGGACAUCUCGGGUAUUGACCUGGGCAAGACGACCUCGAGUAACUCGUCAACGAAGGAGAAGCUGCAAGAGGACGUGGCUUCCGACACCAUAUCAGUCAAGAUCGCCGAUCUCGGUAACGCAUGUUGGGUUGGACAUCACUUCACAAAUGACAUUCAAACAAGGCAGUAUCGAUCACCAGAGGUGAUACUCGGCGCAAAAUGGGGUGCCAGCACCGACGUGUGGAGCAUGGCAGCCAUGGUCUUCGAACUGAUCACAGGUGAUUACCUCUUCGACCCACAAUCUGGAACCAAAUACGGCAAGGAUGACGACCACAUCGCGCAAAUAAUCGAGCUUCUCGGCCCCUUCCCCAAAUCCCUCUGCAUCGCCGGCAAGUGGUCGCAAGAGAUUUUCAACCGCAAGGGUGAGCUACGCAACAUCCACCGGUUACGCCACUGGGCUCUGCCCGAUGUGCUGAAGGAAAAAUACCACUUCAACGUAGAGGACGCGAAGAAAAUCGCUGACUUCCUCUUACCACUCCUGGAGCUGCUGCCGGCAGAUCGCGCGAACGCGGGCGGUAUGAGCAAUCAUGAGUUCUUGGAUGGUACGAAGGGCAUGGAGAACGUGAAGCUGGAUAUUCCGGUAAGGAGUAAGGGUGAGGGCAUAGAGGGAUGGGCGAGCGAGGUCAAGAAGCAACGGUAG